AUGAAGCUUCAAAUUCUCCUGGCACUUUUGCCUCUGACAUUUGCUGCACCAGCGCCCCUCGCCCCUCGUGAUGGGACCCCGAUCCCAGGCCAAUACAUUGUCAAGUUCAAGUCGAAUGCACUUCUCGAACACAGCAUUCUAAACCUUAUCAAUGAUCUCUUCCAAGAUGCAACACAAAAGGCAUAUGUCAAACACAUCUAUAAUAUUGGCAGCUUCGCUGGCUUCGCCGUCACAACGACCGAUAGCGCGGCCCAGCAGAUCCGCCUAAACCCCAAUGUUGAAUUGGUCGAGCAAGACCGUGUCAUUCAAAUCGAACUCGAACAUGUUGAGGAGAUUGUUCAAAGAUCUCCUGUAACACAGUAUACUACGUCCUCUACCUGGGGCCUGGGUAGACUCUCCUCCAAGGCCACCAACUCUGGAAGAUAUGUCUAUGAUAGCACUGCUGGCGCCGGAAUCUGUGCCUACGUUAUAGACACCGGAAUUGAGACUACUCAUCCCGAGUUUCAAGGCCGUGCAACCUUCCUCGCUAACUUUGCGGAGGAUGGCUCGAACACUGAUGGCCACGGCCACGGCACCCACGUCGCUGGCAUUAUUGGCUCAAAGACCUAUGGUGUUUCUAAGCGCGUCAACCUCUUCGCUGUUAAGGUCCUCAAUGCUGAUGGUACGGGCGCAUUGUCGGGCGUACUGGCGGGUGUCGACUUUGCUACCAACGACGCCAAAUCCCGAGGGUGCAAAAGCUCAGUUGCUAAUUUCUCCUUCGCCACUGGAAAAUCUGAUGCCCUCAAUUCUGCUGCUGCCAACGCUGCAUCCUCAGGCCUUUUCAUUGCUGUAGCAGCGGGUAACUCUGCUGCAGAUGCUAUUGAUACCUCACCCGCUUCUGAGCCCAGCGUCUUCACCGUCGGCUCCACAGAUUCCAACGACAGAUUGGCUGCUUCCUCCAACUUUGGUGCUUCGGUCGAUAUUCUGGCGCCCGGUGUCGCAAUUCUGUCGACCUGGAAGAGCGGUGGCACGGCUGUACUAUCGGGUACUUCGAUGGCGACGCCGCAUGUUACAGGUCUUGCUGCAUAUCUUCUGGCGUACGAGGGCAUCAGGACACCUGCUGCUCUUUCCUCGCGUAUGACAAGCUUAGCGAACAUCAACAGAAUCACGGGCGUGCCGGCUGGAACCGUCAACCUUCUUGCGUUUAAUGGAAAUAGUCGGGCAUAA